AUGAAAGAUUCGCAAGUUCAAGUUCUUCCAGCAUUAUCCAAUUCUCCAGAAAAUUUGGUUUUCGAGAAUAAACUAGUUGCUCAAGAUAAAUCUUACUUGAAUCGUACAUUCACUUACGACAUAGCCAAACGACAACGAUUACGGGAUUUCUCAAUGGAAGAUGCAAUAAGAGGUUUUUUACCUCGGGCCAAAAGCAGCGGACCACGUAAUACUUACAAAGAUGACUGCAGUAAACUGAAGACAAAAGAAUAUUUCUCCUGUACGUUACCGUCAUUGGAUAAUGGCCAUACAAUAGCAACUGCCGCAAACAAAUGUUGCACAUUGCGACCAUGGAGCCGUACACAAGAAGAGCUUAGAAAAUAUAAACAAACUCUUACUGAGUGUUCUAGCAAAGCCUUAUCAUGUCCAUUCAAAGAGAAUAAAAAAUAA